UUCGCGACAGCACGAUAUAUCAUCACCACACGAGACACAUAACGCCCCUGCAGCCAUGAGGAUUUACCUCUCACACGCGCGGGAUUGACAGCGCAGGUACUUUGUCACCUUCAUUAGAAUGACAUACAUAUAGAUGUAGAGGCCGCACACUCUGGCUUUUGCUCUACCAUGUUCCUCUGUUAUGAUCAAAAUGUCUUCCCUAUCAAUUGACAAAGGCCCGGCCGUCCUCACCACACUGUGGUCAUUAACAUCCGUCAGUCUAUUAUUCGUCCUCGCGCGUCUGCUGGUCAGACUGCGCAUUCUGCAAAAAGCCGGAUGGGAUGAUAUCCUCAUCACCUUUUCAAUUAUCAUGGCCUAUAUUUAUGAUGCGAUCCUGACUAUCGCUGUGGAAUCCGGAUACGGGCGGCAACAGUCCAACCUUACCCCGGAGCAAUUAUCUAACUCGAUCAAGUUCAUCAUGGCGGGCUUUGCACCUGGCCUGCUAUCGAUUGUUGUGCCCAAGUUGGCCGUUGUUGCAUUGCUAAUUCGCACGAUGAAUCCGAGUCCGAGACAGAAAUGGUUUCUUUGGGGGACGGUUAUUGGGUCUGGUGUUCUGCUCAUGGGUUGUGUGGUCAUUUUGUAUCUGCAGUGUCGACCUGCAAGCGAGAUCUGGGAGAUGAGCGCUACAGAGGGGAGUUGUUGGAGUAUGACUAUUUUGGUGGAUUAUUCAAUUGUUGUUGGUGGUAUUGCUGCCGCCGUGGACGCUUAUCUAGCUAUAUAUCCUGCGGUGGUUAUAUGGAAGCUGCACAUGGGGAUAAAGAAAAAGCUAGGACUUAGUUUCGCUUUGGGUCUUGGGACGUGUGCUUGCGUCAUGGCCGUCGUCAAGUGCACCCGCAUCCCAACACUAUACAACAUGACCAACAUCACCAACGCCACAACAAACCUCUUCAUCUGGACCAGCAUCGAAUCAAACACUAUAAUAAUAGCCGCCUGCGUCCCAACAAUCGCCCCAUUGAUCGAAAUAACCCUCGGCAAGCGCGUCCUCAGCACAACCGAAAGAAACUCGAACCGCACAGAAUCAAACCGCCACAUCACGCGCCCACAGCAGGUAUACAUUCAUCAAAACCAGAAACGCGCUCGCGCGUGGCUAUCUGCGAUUAACAUCGAGCAGUCUUAUCAUGAGUGUUCGGUCCAGAGGGGGAGUAGUGCUGGAAGAAGCCAGGAGGAUUUGGAGGGAUUGACGCCGACGGAGGAUGCGUUUGAGGAUCGCAAUAGGAGUGGGAGUGGGAUUCAGAGGAGAGAUGAUGUGAUCAUUGAGUACGGGCGGUGGCCGGAGGGGAUUUGGGGGAAGGAUAGGGGCGUUUAUAUGGAGAAGGUGUAACCGCUG